UGUAUUUUAGACCUCAAAACACAGCUGAAAGGAGUAGGCGCAACAAAUAAUAUUUAUUUGGAAUCAGUUUCUCGAGUCCCUUUCCGAAGUAUCUCUUUUUUGUGAAACGUUUCAAAUAAUUGUGGAACCAACUUUUACCAUGGCCAGCUUUCAAACUACUUUUCGGUUUGGUUCGAGGAAGUGCUGAAGCAGAAAACCGCAAGCAAAGUUUCCAUUUCUAUAGUCCCGCACCUACUUGACAUAAAUGGAGGCGGUAACCACAGAUUUGCAGAGCAAAUAUCACAAAUUAGCUGCUGAAUAUUCCAAGAUGAGGGCUCAGGUUGGCGUCCUCAAGAAAGCCGUUUUGCAAGAACAAUCAGUCACUGCCAAAUUACAGGAUGAUCUGAAGGAGAAAGAUCAAGCGCUUAGAAAAGCUGACCAAGAAAUGGAGAGUCUUAAUUUUAGAAAUCAGCAACUCACAAAGAGGGUAUCUGUUUUGCAGGAUGAGCUAGAAAUUUUGCAGAAUAAGGGCAAAAAAGGCAAGCAGAAAAGCACCCCGCUGGAAGAGAGUUCUCAACAGCUAAACUCGGUGUUGGACGAAGAGCUGCAGAGCAAAAUCGCCCAGAACGCUCGCUUGAUGCUCAUGUUGCAAGAAAAAGAGGAAGACCACGAUCGCCUAACACAACAGCUAAUGGAGCGUGUCCAAACACUGGAGAGAGAAGUGCACCAAUAUCAACAAGCGUCCUCUGACGUGGAACUAAAAUACAAAUCCAAGCUGGAGGAGUUGCAGCUGGAUCGUGUGCGGCUGCAGGAAAAGGUGAGCUGCAGGGAGAGGGACGUGCAGCAGUACAGCGCCCAGCUUGCUGCGGUCCAAAUCCAGCAGGAGCGGCUGCAGACUGAGCUCGGCUCAAAAUUGAAAACAGCCUCGCAGAUCAUUAGCAAAAAACUGCCUUUCGUCGAUGCAAGCAAGUCUGAUUUGAACGAGCUGAACAUUCCACUCUACGACCGACAGCUGCAAACCUGGUAUUUUGACCUGAUCAACACAGUAGGAAGUAGAGUAACCGAAUUGACAAAUCAGCUCUCCGACUAUCACACUUACUUGGAGCAAAGAAUUAAAUCCAUGGACACCCCUUUGAAUCCGAUCGGAGAAAAAUUCUCUCAUUACUUGAAGGAAAACGCAAAGCACUUGCGGGCCAUCGACCAGGGCUACAAAGAGUUCCAAAGCGGGCUUGACGCAAGUUCCUUAAUUUCGCUUGAAACGAUCCCCUCCCUGGGCCGCUUCUCCAGCAGAUUAGACCAGUAUUCCAAUUACCUGCAAAAACUGGUGCCAUACACGAAACUCUAUCUGGAGGAGGAAAAUAACUAUCCCUGCUGCGGAAAGUCUUUAGAAAAGGCAAACAACAGUCUGGUCGACCGGACCGUGUCAAUCACCAACACUUUCAUCCGACUCAACAACCUGGUCAAUAUCCUGAGCCAGCAGAGCAAACGCAAGACGCAGAACUCUGGUGAAAACCUCAAGGUCGUCGUCUCCAAACUGAUCGACAGCCUGCACGUGCUGCACUCAAACAUCGCCGAGUUGUUCUCCGUGUUUGAGGAGAAGACUAGGCUGGAGAGCGAAAUGCCGACUUGCAACGAGAAACUCAACUCGACAAACGCGUGCAUCGUCAACGCCUUGAUCUGCCUUGUAAGCACGACGAAAGAGCUGCACUCGGAGCUGGCCGCGAGCAAGCAGAAAAUCAUGCAGGCCAUCGACGCCCAGAGCGAAAACUGCUCCAAUAAAAGCCACCCGGUGGUGUCCGAGUUCAAGUCGAGAGCGUCUUCCUACCUGAAGGGCCUGGAGGAGAGCGAGCCGCCGAGCGUGCCGUACGAAGAAGCGCUUCGGAACAAGGAAGAGUCGGUGGGUGGCUCAAAAUGCAGAGAGGUGCUCGGCGAGCAGCUGGCCAGCGCGCAGAAGAAAGCCACGCAGCUGGAGCAGGACAAGGAGCACUGGCGCCAGGAGUACCAGCUGCUGCAGAUGAAGCACGCCAAGGAGCAGCAGAGGACGAAGGAGCUUGAGCUGCAGCUCUCCAUGUCGGGGGCAACCACCCCGCUGAGCGAGGACUCGAUGGACGUGGUCAAAAUCGCGGCUGUGGAUGUGCAAGAGGCUAACAACGACACAGCUAGUCAGACGUCCGGAAAUUCGGCACAGCCAUUUUCGUUUGUUAGCAUGCUUGGACAAAUCAUGUCCCCAAUUCCCGUGACCGAAGAAAUCGAGGCGAGAGAGGCCGAAGUCAAGAAAUACUUCACAGACAGAGUCAACCAGUUGGUGGCGGAGAGACAGUUGGCGGAAGGAAAAGCCGCCUCAUUUAAAUCAGAGUGCAUGUCGUUGCACGAGAGGCUCCAAUUGGCUGUGGAACAAAGGAACCUGAUGGAGCAGCAGAUGAACGCAGCUAAGUUGUGUCUGGACAAACUUCAAGAGGAGCUUCACACGACAACCACGAAUUACGAGUCGCAGCUCAGCAUGAUGUCGGAACAUCUCGCAAAUAUGAAUGAAAAGCUUGCCGUUCAGAAGGACGAAAUAGAUCAAUUGAAGUAUCAGUUGAAAAACAAAGGCAAGAAGUAGUGUCGGUUGGUUACAUUCCAUGACUAGCGAUUUUUAUGGCUGUUUUUAUUCAAACCGUGGCAAAUCCUUUGUUAUGUUUUAUAAUUGUGCUUUUUGAUCUGAUUAAGUAAAAAUAGCUACACUUCCUGCGAUUAAAUUUUUGUAUUCUUCAACAAAACUUAUUAAUUACAUUAAAGACUCAUCCUCGGA